AUGGGCCGCGACACGAAACCACACGGUGACGGCGAAGGCGCUGCCACCGCCAAGAUGAGCAAGGCGCAAUCGGCCGACCAGCACGACGACGUCGCCAUCAACGCGUCGGGCCACGUCCAGGAGCUCGAGCGGAACUUCAGCCUCCUCUCCCUCGCCGGCGUCGGCCUCGUCGUCGGCAACGUCUGGCCCGCCAUCGGCGGCUCCAUCCUCGUAGCCAUCUUCAACGGCGGGCCGCCCGGCGUGCUCUACGAGUUCGUCGCCGUAUCGGUCUGCUACUGGACCGUGGCCGCCAGCAUCGCCGAGCUCGCGAGCGCCGUUCCCUCGUCCGCCGGCGUCUACCACUGGGCCUCGGUGACGCCCGGCCGCCGAUGGGGCCGCGUCGUCGGCUUCUUCGCCGGCUGGUGGAACUACCUGGCCUGGGUCCUCGGCGCCGCGAGCAUGGCGUCCAUCUUCGGCAACACCGUCGUGCAGAUGUACGCCCUCAACCACGCCGGGUUCGAGGCGCAGCCGUGGCACGUCUUCGUCGUCUACGUCGUCGCCACCUGGCUCGCCUGCGCCGUCGUCUGCCUGGCCAACGGCGCCAUGCCGAGGAUCAACGACUUUGGCGUCGUCGCCAUCCUGGCCGGCUUCCUCAUCACCGUCAUCGUCGUCGCCGUCAUGCCCGGCCGCGACGGGCGGCCGCCCCACGCCUCGUCGUCGUUCGUCUGGACCGAGUGGACCGCCGACAUCGGGUACCCCGACGGGUUCGUCUUCGUCGCCGGCAUGCUCAACGGGGCCUUCAGCGUCGGCGCCGUCGACGCCACGACCCACCUGGCGGAGGAGAUCCCGAACCCCCAGCGCAACGUGCCCAUCGCCCUCGGCUUGCAGCUGAGCAUCGGGUUCGUCACGGGCUUCUGCUAUCUCGUCACCAUCAUGUACGCCAUCAACGACUACGACGCCCUCUUCGAGUCCCCAUACCCCAUCGCCGAGAUUUACCGCCAGGCCACCGGGUCCGCCGCCGGUGCGACCGGCCUGCUCGCCCUCGUGCUCAUCUGCAUCGGCCUGACGCUGAUGGGGCUGUACAUCACCUGCGGACGUACGCUCUGGGCCCUCGCCCGCGACGGCGCGAGCCCCCGACCCGAUGUUCUGGGGAAGGUGGACCGCAGGCUGGGGAUGCCGAUGUGGUCCACGGUGGUGUCGGCCGUGUUGGUGACGGUGCUCGGGGCCAUCUACGUCGGCAGCACCACGGCCUUCAACGCCUUUGUCGGCAGUUUCAUCCUUCUCUCCAGCAGCUCCUAUCUCGCCGCCAUUCUCCCUAACCUCUUGGCGGGCAGGAAGAGGAUCGCCUACGGGCCCUUUCACAUGCGGGGGUGGAUCGGCUUCGCCGUCAACGGCUUCGCCUGCGCGUACAUGCUGGUCUGGUUCGUCAUCUACUGCUUCCCUUACGCGCUGCCCACGGAUGCGCAGUCGAUGAACUACGCCUGUGUGAUAUGGGGAGGUCUCACGGCUUUCGUUGCCCUGUGGUGGUUGUUGGGGGCGAGGAAGGGGUACGAGGGCCCGACGACAACGGGAGGCGUCGUGGCCGAGAUGGAAGUCGGUGACGCAAGACAUGCUGCGUGA